ACACACAGAGAUCUACGAGGGACACUGCAGGUUAACCGGGAGAACAAACUCAGCCUCUGUGGGCAGAUUCAGCAGAGCCCCUCCAAUUCAAAUCAACAGACAAUAACAAUUAAAGCAAACUUCACCCAUGAGCUACAGCUGCAGCUGCCCUCCUCUGCUCUGAUGGAGGGACACUUACACUGGAUCCCUAAACACAGCACUGACUUUGACUACCAGGCCAGAGGAAAGCUGAGACUAGAGAGACAGGAGUGCACACUCUCAGUGCAGCUAAACGGAACAGCUGGAAGAGUCGGCCUCUGUUCCUCUCUCGCUCAUCCCUUCAAGUCGAAAAUUCCCAAAGCGCUAGAGGUGAAAGCUGCUGUAGACGCCUCAGAGUUUGGCAAAGGGAGCAGUUCAUUGUGUGUGAGAGCGAAUGGGAAGAACAGGGUGACUGUGACCGGUCAGAUGUUUCACCGGCUCCGGAAUCCAGAAAGAGCGGUGAGACUGGACCUGGAUCUCUCCCAGAACCUCCUUCCGUCGGUCAGCGCCCUGCAGCUGAACAUGGCAGCCAACGUGUCAGCAGACAGCGUGUCUCUGCAUGGCUCCGUGACACAGGGACAGGAAGCGCUGCUGGUCCAGGUCAAAGGGUCACGGAUAAACUCCCAGGUUCUCCGGCUGGCUUUGUUGGGGAAUGUUCACCAUUCCAUGUCCAUAUUGGAGGCUCUGCCCUCAGUCCUGGGUCUGGAUGGAGUGUUAGAGCGCUCUGAUACUUUAACAGAAGGCCACCUGAUGGUUAAUGUGAUGGAAGCUGUACACAGCAUAGAGCUGAGACAUCAGCUGGAUGCUGCAGAAGGUCUGGUCAAAGGAGAAGGAAUGAUGGGAGGUGAUUACGAGCGGACACAGGCCCAGCUCUGUGUUCGGUCCGGACUCCAGAACAUGUGUGCUAACGUCAGCCGCCACCUGGAGAACCGGGGAAACGGACAGCUCUCUCUUCAGCUUUCUCACUCUUUCCAUCGACUCAACACCACAGGCGUUCCUGGUGACAGCAGUGCUAAGGUGAAGUGGACCCAGGACGAGGUUGGACUGUCUGUCCUAUUAGAGCUGCAGGCUGGAGCUGAGCAUGUCAGAGCUGAGUUCCUCAGAGAUAGGACAGACCAGCAGUGGAGCUACUUCUCCAGGUUCCAGCAUCAAGUCGAAGCCCUGCAAACAAGAGGCCUGCCAGACUCAUUCCAAGCCAGAGCACAGCACCAGUUAGAAACGGGAGGAUUUGACAUAAGUCUGGCUCUUAGCGUGGAAGAUGAGAGAACGGCAGAGAUGUUUUUUAGUGUGGGGUCAAAAAAUAAGACGUCUGCUUUGGUCUUGAUGCUGUGGCAACACAUGAAGCUAUUCCAGGGUCACAUCCCCAAUUCUUUACAGAUGAACUGCACAGGAGUCUCCACUGAAGACCGACUCUCAGCCCACUGCUUUGGAAAUGUGGCAAACCGGCCCGUGGAGACUCUCAUUGGUCCACAGGCCUCAGCCAACAUCUCCGUCUCCCAUUCAGGAUGUGACACAAAGCUCAGAGCCGUUCUCCAGGCUGGAGGGGAGCAGAAAGGUUCCGUCAGUCUGUCUGUAACCUGCAGUCCUCAUCGCAGUCUGCGUGCGUCUGUUCUGCACUUCAUCAGUGCGGUGAAAACGCUCAGAUUUCCCACCAGCGGAGCGCUACCUCUGAAUGUGUCAGGUGGACUUCUGCCUCAGGUGGAUGCCAGCCUGGAGGUGGGACAGUGCUACCUCAGGGGGAGCGUGGGUGACUCCACCGCUCCGCAGGCAGCAGCAGACGGCGUCCAGUCGCUCACUGUGAACGUGAGCAGCCACUGUCCUCUGCUUCAGGGGUGGGUCCUCCCUCAGACUCUGGCCCUUUGGGGCCUCCUGUCGGUGGCUCCCUGCCAGCUGACCGUGUCGUCCUCUCUAAGGCUGGACGAUGAGGAUGCGUCUUUAGAGCUGAGUCGGUCUUGUGUGACUCCAUAUCUCUUUGGGAGCAUCAAUCAGUCGUUCUCUGGGCUAAAGAGCCGAGGUCUGCCUCAGACGGUCAGCGUGGAGGCUUUGGCUCCGGAGGGUUCGGACCAGGCUGGGGCCGUGGCUAUUGAUGUUGGAACAUGUAGGAUUAGAGCCAGGAGAAUCGCUCAGGACAGAGGAACGGGACGCCGGCUUUGGGCCUGGGAGACAGACUGCCCCGGGUUACAGGUUCAUGUGAACGGCUCAGUGAGGGAACAGCCUGGAGGUGUGUGGACGGCUGUGAUGGAGACUGAUCUGAAAGGCAGGGGAGCGUUCCUCAGGCUGGAGGCUGAACCCGGGCCAGAGCUGAGAGUGGAGGGCGUGUUGAACCAUGACAGUCCCCCCCUCACCGUCCUGUCUAACAGCAGUACACUGAGAUUCAGCAUCUCUGGAUUACAUGCUGCAGAAGUUCUUGUUCAGACGGAGGAAUGCCGCCUCAGAACUCGAGGAGAUGUAAUGUCACACCCUGGCCUGCAGGUGUCACUGCUAUACCACAAUAACUGCUCUAUAAUUCAAGAGUGGUUCAGUCCAAACAUCAUGCAGGCUUCAGGCUCUCUGCUGAUCUCACCAGCUUCUGUUUCUUCCCACAUCUUCAUGGUGGUAGAUGGCAAAGAGUUACACACCGAGCUGUCUGCAGAACAAGCAGAGGUUCACAGGGAAGUAUUUCUACAUCUGAACCAUUCCGUGCCCCUGCUGAAGAAACUGGGCCUGCCUGUGAAUUUAUCCCUGGCAGUAAACUUUGAGAGUCACAACAAUGGUUCACGCUCUUUUACGGCCAACGGCAGAGCAGAAAAUCAGCGGUUUUCUCAAGAGCUUAAAAUGGAAAAGACAUCUGAGAUCAUGAGGGUGAAGAGUGAGCUAAAACAUGCGGUGAAUUAUUUGGACAAGCUGGGAGUCCCUGGAAGCAACAGCGUACAGGUAGAACUUGGUUCUGCUGAAGGUCGGAUCCUAAGCCUGGAGUCUCAGUGUGGAGCUCAGCAGUCAGGACUCAGACUGCAGCUGAAGACGAUUCCUGAACUCAAAGAAGUGAGGGGAACCCUGUGGCACGGUUCGUCAUGGCUUCACCGCCGAGGCCUGCCCCUGAGAAUAUCGGGCCUUUGCUCCAUGAAGGGAGCGUUGUCUGAGCUCCAGUCCAGGGCUGAGCUCAGUGUGGACGGAUGCAAGCUGCUCACGUCUGGGCUGAAUGUCAGCAGAGCUGCCGGUCGCCUGGCUGGGCUCCUCUCAUUCUCUCCUGCUGCUCUCAAUCAAACACGGACACAACACAAGCUGGACGCUGUCCUAACUGUACAGUUCAAAGGUCCUUUAAGAAGCGCAUCAUUAGACUUUCACCGCCAGAACUGGAGGUUCCGGCUGGCAGGGGAGGCCGGGGGCUGGGGAACGCGUGGCGGUACCAAGGAGGCCCGGUUCACACUGAGGCACACUGAGCGAGGAGAAGCUAGCCCUGCCUUCCAGGUGGAGGGCUGGGGGAGACUGACGGAGUCCCUGCUGAGGGGCUCCAUGGCCGUCAACCCUGAGCUCAGCUCUUCAUUCGCACUCAUUGUCCAAGGACACACCUCCACUCCCAGCAAGGAGCUGAUGGUGAAGGUGGUCCACAGCGCCCCCCAGCUGCUGCCAUACCUGCCCCCCCAGCUCCACCUCCGUUCUCAGUUGAACCAGUCCCGGUCCAACGUGGCAGCGCUGGUGGAGGUGUUGUCAGGCAGGAGGAAGCUGUGGGCUCUGGGGGAGCUGGCGGCCAUGGAGGAUGGCUACAGGCAGACUGCGGAGGUCAGACACUCCUUCCCUCAGCUGCAGACUGUUCCCAGGACAGUCGCAGUUAGAACGCUGUAUGAGGCCAGAAGGUGGCGCCACCAGAUCCAGCAGGCCACCGUGUGGGGCAGCCACCAGUUCAGCCUGUCUGCUCUGCACUCGUCUGCUCCGGGUCCGGACUCGGAGCCGGGCAACCACACUCUGAAGGUCCAGGUCAGCGGCCUCCCCCGUUUGAGCAGUCUGGAGUUGGUGCAUGAGAGCUCCUUCCACAGCCGACUGGACAGCGUCUCACUGGGCUGGAAGAGGCAGGGACAGCUGGAGCAGGUGCGCAUUCUCAGGUCGUGGAGUCACUCUGAGGAGACAAACGAGACGAAGCUGGAGCUGAAACAUCCCUUCUGCUCGGCGCUGAGCCAGUUGUCUCUGCACACUCUGUCACUCCGCUCACCCAGGAAGGGCAGCAGCAGACUGGAGACCCAUUUGUCCUGGGACGGUUCCGUUCCAGUCAACAUUUCUCUCACCCUGAACAAACUCAGCUCCAGCAUGGGCCGGGCGUGCGUUCUGCUUUCAGCCAAGCGGACGGCCUUGUCUUCUGGAAAGGGCUGCGUAUCGAUGGGUUACCGCGGAAACCUGUAUUCACAGACUGCAGAUGUGACAUGGCACAACAAGAGUUUCAGACAGGGCAUGACGUACCAGAAAAGUGCUGAGGGGUUGCACGGCCUCCAGCUGUACGUGGAUCUGGACCGAGUGUCCCCUGCACCCUGUCACUCACACAUGCUUCUGGCCAAAGUCCAGACCAACCUCAGGGACCGCUUGGAGCACAGAGUGGAGCUGGGGGUUUGUCCCGAACAGCCGACUCUCUGGUGGUCCGGGUUCCACAGAGUGAACUCAGGAGAGGAGCUGAUCUACAGUCAGUCUAACGUUUCGGUGACCGGUCAGCCGCUCCGGUCCCAUUUCACGCUCGCCCUCACCAACUCCUCCACCGCCCAGGGGACCAACAUCUCUCUCUACACUGAGUCAGUGGUGGGUAACUGGAGCUUGUUGCUAGGCAGCAGCAGCAUGUCAGGGCCCCAUGGGGCCGGCCUCCAGGUUCACGCCACACUGGACCGCAGACAUCAGGUCUGGGUCAACGGGACGCUGGGGGGCCGCUGCCUCCGGACCGCCGCAGGCUACAUGAACGGUCCAGGCCUCUGUGAGGACAUCAGUGCAGCAGUGUGUGCAGGACUGAACCACAGCUUCAAGGCCGAGGUACAGAGAAGAGAACGCUGCAGAGAGAUUGAGACUCUGGGAAGCUGGUUGCUGAAGACAGCCAAUCAGAGGCUGAUGAUGUCAGCUAGUGGCUGCUGGGAGAGAUUAACUGCAAUAGAGGAGCGAUUUCACUUCCUGAGCUCUGAGAUCCAGAAGGAACUCCUGGAGAGGACGAAGGCGUUACAGCGUCUCCUAACAGAAACCACUGAACAGCCUACAGAUAUGCGGCUGCUGCAGGACUGGAGCUCCGUCCCUCUGCUCGCCUCCCAGCAUGCCGAGGGCCUGCUGGGCCAGGACUCCACAGGGCUGCUGUCCCUGUGGCUCAGCAGCUCCCUGCGCCGUGCGCUGACCAGCAGCCUGCCUGACCUGCUGGGUCGGCUCCAGCAAGCCUCGCUGCAGGGACAGCAGGAGCUGCGGAGGCCUCUGGCGACUCUGGCUGGUGUGUACCAGGACGUGAAGGGCCAGAGGCUGGAGGCAGCAUGGAGGGAGGCUGUUGGGAUGUGGACCGGCAGGCUGCUGGACGUCCUGCCUGCUGAGCUGGAGAACCCUCACCUCAGAGCCCUGGCAGCAGCAGGAGCCUCGGCCCUCACCGCUGCUCUGGACGUGGCGGGCCAGCAGAGCUCCCACUGGGCCGAGGCCAGACUGGCCACGGCUCUGUCUGGACUCAGGAAACGACUGGCUUCUCUCUACACAUUCAGCCGCAGAGACUGUGUGGUCGCUGUGUCGGUGCCGCUGCUGAAUCUCAACCUGUCGAGGGCCGCCAAGGGCGGGCUGCUGGAAACAGUACUGGAGGAGUGGCUCCUGGGGCCCCUGAGGGCCCUCACCUCCGUCAGACCUGCAGCUGAGCUUUAUCGCCUCAAGAGGAGACUCAUGGACAGCCCGUUCAGACACCAAGCGCUGCUGGUGGCUGAUCAGUUUGUGGUGACGUUUGACGGGCUUCUGUAUCAACUUCCUGUUUCCUGUCCGCUGCUCCUCGCCCAGGACGUCCGCACCGAGCCGUCCUUCACGCUGCUGCUAGGCGCCAACGCUCAGAGCUCCCUGCUGAUACACAUGGACAACAGCAGCGUCCACAUUCAGCACACCGGCCAGGUGAAAGCUGACUGUAAGAACGCCGUCCCACAUGGACCCCUCAGUAGCCGUGGGCUGACUGUGAAAAAAGGCUCAAACAAAGUACAGGUGUCCAAUCAGAAGGGACAGUCGGUGUCAUGUGACCUGCAGCUGGAGCUGUGCAGCUUCACCCUGGAUGGAUGGUUACAUGGCACAUCCACCGGUCUGCUGGGGACCAACGAUAACGACGCAGGCAACGAUUUCUCUUUGCGUGACGGAUCUCAGGCGAAGACUCUGGAGGAGUUUUUCCACAGUUGGGAGCUGGAGCCAAAGUGCAGUAAAUCCACAGAAGUUUCCACAGCAGCGGUGAGCCUGGCGAGCUGCGCUUCCUUCUUCUCUUCCGCAGAUUCGCCUCUCAGUUCCUGUUUCAGGGUGGUGGAUCCAGCCCAGUUCCUGUCUGUGUGCGGGCGGAGCUCCUCCAAAGCGCCCUGCAGGUUGGCAGCAGCAUUUGUUCACCUCUGCCAGCAGAAUUACAUUCCAGUGGAGAUCCCCGGCCAGUGUAUGAAGGUCUGAAGGACGAUCAGCAGUUAACCUCUGCUAACUUCUGUUCAGAAUGAAUAUAUUUACAUACCACUGUCUUCACUCUCUAUUCAUUUAAAUAACAUAUUUUAAUGUGUUGUUAUAUUUGCUAAUGUACUUUAAGAAAGAUUCUAGAAUAUUUUCAACAACUUGAAAUAAAAUCCUUCUGUCUUGUGAAUCAGUUUAUCGUGAUGCAGUAAAUAAGUUGCAUAAAGAAAACUUGAAGGCGGGCUAAUGUGUGGAAUAUUUUUUUUGCUUGUUUUCUUUUUUUUUACUUCUUCAAUUUGCAUUUUUGCCUGGAGCCAUUGGAAUUGUUCUGCUUUGGGUAAAUUGGUUAACAAAAAAGUGGCUUUAGCAUUUAACGUGUGGGAUAACUGGCGAGGUUCUUUUUGUCAUGUUGAAGUUUCUACUGAAAUGCAUAAAAGCACUGAGCCAACAGGUGCGAUUAGGGAAUUAAUAAUUUACUGCGAUGUCUGAAUUAUUGUGAAGUCUGAGGAAAGUCAAUCUUCUGAUUUAGAAGAGUUUCAUAAUGCUCAUCUGUGUUUCAUAAAUGCAGCUGCAAGAUUGGCUGAAUUUGAUGUUAGUUUGUCCUAAAUCAUCCCAGAAAACCAGUUGCUAAGAGUUUUGUAAAAUAAAUUCUUGUGAGAAUCUUUUUCUUUCCAUUAGUGACAUUUUGACCCUUUCACCACAUCAUACUUUUGGACAUUUCAUUAAAUAUUCAGAUUCAAAACU